AUGUCUCAGGACGACGAUGUAGGAUUUUUAUAUAAAACAAUGAUUGAAAGGGAUCCAAAAAAGAGGAGGGUUAAGCCUGUAGGAUCAGCACCAUCUUUGCUUGAUUUUGAUUUAGGUGAAAGUUCUGAUGACAGUGAUUUCAGAAUUGAAGAUCAUUGUGAAGAAUCUGAUGACGAUUCGGUGGAUUCUAAUGAUAUUGGAAAAGAGGAAGAAGAUGCAUCAGAGGAAUCUGAUGAUUCUUUAGAAGAUCCAUUAUUGAAUAAAAAAGAAAAUCCUAAUUUAACUGUGGGAGAUGUAAUUGAACAAGCUAAACAACAAGCAUUAAAGGGUGGUUCACUUGAAGAUAAACUAAACAAAAUGUUAAUUUGUUGUGGUUGUUUAGGAGAUAGAAGUGACGAUGUUAAUGAAAUUGUUGAAUGUGAUGGUUGUGGUGUUAGUGUGCAUGAAGGAUGUUAUGGUGUAUCUGAUGUUGAAAGUUUCUCAAGUACUGAUUCCUUAUGUCAGUCAGCACCAUGGUUUUGUGAAGCUUGUAGUGCAGGCUUUGAGGAUCCUUCUUGUGAACUUUGUCCUAAUAAAGGUGGAAUAUUUAAGGAGACUGAUGUAGGCAAAUGGGUUCAUUUAGUAUGUGCACUUUACGUUCCCGGUGUUGCUUUUGGAGAAGUUGAUCGUUUAUCAAGUGUAACACUUUUUGAAAUGGCAUAUAGUAAAUGGGGAGCAAAGCAGUGUUCUUUGUGUGAAGAUGCACGCUUUGCUCGUACUGGUGUAUGCAUAGAAUGUGAUGCAGGAAUGUGUCAUACAUAUUUUCAUGUUACCUGUGCACAAAGGGAAGGCCUGUUAUCUGAAGCUCACAGUGAGGAAGUUGAUCAGGCUGAUCCAUUCUAUGCACACUGUAAACUUCAUUCCGAUAAAACACUUGUUCGUAGACGUAGGCGUAAUUGGUUAGCUUUACAAUUAAGAGCUCAAUACCGACAACAAUUAUUAAAGCAACCUAAUCAUUUAGAUACUGAAGAACAACGUAGAAUACAAAGAAAAUUAGCAAAGCAUAGGCAUAAAUAUUUAGCUCAUAAAGCAUCUAGACCACCACCAUGGGUACCAACUCAAAAAAUGCCUCGGCUAUUAACUACUUCUGCUUCUGCUUGCCGACACUUAGCAAGGAAGGCAGAACUCAUGGGUGUUGAUACUGCUGCUUUGGAAGCACAGGAAGCACAACUUGUAGCUUUAGUUGAUGUUAGGAAGAAAUGGCAUAUUCCACCUGCAUUUAGUGUAGAAUUUAUUGGUUAUUAUUUGGAUCGCAAUUUACGAGUUACAUCUAUGAAAAGGCGACUACAAGAACUUCUUGAUAUUAAUUCUCAAUUACUUAAUGAACAACAGAGGUUAGAUAGGAAAUAUGAUGAAGUAAUGAAAGAUAAUGAAGAACAAAUUCGAGUAAAUGUAACAUUAAAAGAAAAAAUAGAAAUGUACCACCAAGUGCUUCAGAGUAGUGGUUUCGUGAAGCCUCUACCACAAAUAACUGAUUUGGCAAAACCAAGAAUAGCGCCAACUCUAGGUACAGGUUUAGGCGUACCUACAGCAGCUGCCUUGAAAAUGGGUGUUGGUUUUCCCUUACCAGUUGGUAAAGGAGCGGAAGGAGUACGUGAAGGUAGAGUGUUAAGCAGUCAAGCACAAGACCAAAAUCAUAAAGGCGAAUUAACAUUAAGGCAUCAAUGUGGAAUAUGUAGAAGGUCUACAAAUCAACAUCUACUUGCAAAAUGUGAUACAUGUCACCUCCAUUAUCAUUUAUCUUGUCUUAGCCCACCUCUAUCACGUAUGCCUAAAAAAACAAAACUUAUGGGAUGGCAGUGUUCUGAAUGUGACAAAGAAUCUUCUGGAUCAGAAGUUGAACGUGUUGACACUUCAGCUCCACGUAAAUUAAGGCACUGUAAAGAUGAUUCCAAUUUAACAUCAACACCAACACCACCACAGGAAGUGCAAGUGCCCACCACGCCAACAACGCCUAGCACAUCAAAAAAUUCUUCCGCUAAUCUUAGCAGUGUAACCAAUACUACCGCACCUGACACACCUACAACACCAAAAGUAACCAUAAAGCCAGUUGGGCCACAACCUCCAUCUUCAACCCCUAUGCCAUCAAAUGAAUCAGUAUACAAUCAACAACCUAUUAAUAAUGUAACAAUAACGAGGGAAGGUUCACCGGAGUAUAUGGUAGCUUCAGCAGAUGGUACAGAAUCAGUUUCACAGAGAAGUGCAAAAAAGAGAAGAAGGGAAAAACAUAAAAGAUAUACUCCUGAUCCAAUUACCGGAGUGAAACAAAGAAAACGCAAACAUAAGAGAAAAAGUCUUGAUGUGGAAAAUCCAGAAGGUCAGAGUCAACCAGAAAUUCACAGGAGAAUCACAAUAAAGAUAAAACCAAUUCCAAGACCAGAGGGGGAUGUAGCGUCUGAAUCAAGUCCACAAAUGUUUGUUGCCACGUCUACUAGUACUGAAAUUACAUCACCACCUCCACUACCUAAACUACCACCUCCACCCGUUCCACCUUUAGUUUCAAAUACUACAGCUGUAACAGCAAAUGUAUCUACUAAUAAUACAAGUAGUAGAACAUCUACAGGAAAUGGGAAAAGGGGAAAGGAUACAGACCUCUUAACACAUUGCAAUGUCUGUGAUACGCCUGGUACCAAUCAAAAUCUCGUCAUGUGUGAUGAAUGUAAAAAAUGCUACCACUUCACCUGCCUUGACCCACCAGUUAAAAAGUCACCCAAAAGAAGAGGCUAUUCCUGGCAUUGUGCGGACUGCGAUCCUAGUGCCUCUGAAACUGAGACUUAA